AUGGCAUCACCUAAUGCACAUGAUGAGGCGAUGCCAUUGCCAACACCACAAUCGCCUAUGCCUGAGACAGUUCGCAAGUUGGUUUCCUUACAACCGGCAAACAGCAAAAGCAAACGUAGAUCCGCCAACAAAUUAUUUGGCAAAUUUCGUACUAUAAUCCGAUCGUUUCCCAUCCUCGCGCCAUCUUGCAAGAUGCCCAUCAUGAAUGACACAAUCAUACAAGGUGGCACGAGGAUAACUGGAACCCUAUUUGGUUACCAAAAAGCUAGGGUAAAUCUUGCUUUUCAAGAAGAUUCUAAAUGUGAACCUUUCCUUAUCUUGGAGCUGGCCGUUCCAACAGGAAAGUUGCUCCAAGACAUAGGAAUGGGGCUUAAUAGAUUAGCGCUGGAGUGCGAGAAGCACCCCAACAAUGAUAAAACAAAGAUAGUUGAUGAGACCAUUUGGAACCUAUUUUACAAUGGGAAGAAAACGGGUUAUGGAGUGAAGAGAGAUCCAUCAGAGCGUGACUUGAAUGUAAUGCAAAUGUUGCAUGCAGUAUCUGUGGCGGUCGGCGUGCUCCCGGAUGAAAUGUCGGACCCUCAAGAUGGAGAAUUGUCGUACAUGAGGGCACAUUUUGAACGUGUGAUUGGGUCUAAGGAUUCAGAGACUUAUUAUAUGAUGAUGCCUGAUGGGAAUAACAAUGGACCCGAGCUUAGUGUAUUCUUCGUUAGGGUUUAA